GGGGCACUGAUCCAGGACCCAGAAUCAGGGAGUGAGGGGACCUUAACUCCUUGGACUUUGGGGGAAGCUAGGAGGUGGUGACACAGGCCCAUCAGCUCUAGCCAGAGUCCCAGAGUUCCUGGGUCCUGGCCCCACAAAACACAAGAAGCUGGGAAAAGACUGGGAGGUUCAGAGCCCUCUAGUAGAGGGGUCCACAGAGGGGACAGUGGGUGGCAGACAGCCUGAAAGGAGCGAAGUGUGUAAGGGUGGCAUCAUGAAUCCCAAGCGGUGGCUGGUGUUCUGUGCGCUGGCCGUGUCCCUGACCUCUACGGUGACCCAGAAUGUGUGCCGAGCACCGAAUGGGAAAGACGGGGCUGCAGGAACACCUGGCCGACCUGGGAGGGCAGGCCUCAAGGGGCAGCGAGGGGACCCAGGGGCCCCUGGCAUCCGGACAGGCAUCCGAGGCCUUAAAGGAGAUGAGGGGGACCCUGGGCCCCCUGGAAGCCCUGGUAAAAUGGGCUACCCAGGGCCCAGUGGCCCCUUGGGUGCCCGUGGCGUCCCAGGAUUGAAGGGCACCAAAGGCAACCCAGGAGACAUCAAUGACCAGCCGCGGCCAGCCUUCUCGGCGGUGAGGCGGAACCCGCCCACGGGCGGCAACGUGGUCAUCUUCGACGUGGUCAUCACCAAUGAGGAAGGCCGGUACCACAGCAACUCAGGCCGAUUUCUCUGUGGAGUGUCGGGCUACUACUACUUCACCUUCCAGGUGGUGUCCAAGUGGGACAUCUGUCUGUCCAUCAUGUACACCAGGAGGGGCCAGCCCCCGCGUUCCUUGGGCUUCUGUGACACCAACAGCAGGGGAACUUUCCAGGUGCUGUCUGGGAGCACGGUGGUCCAGCUCCAGCAAGGAGACCAGGUGUGGAUCGAAAAAGACCCCAUGAAGGGCCGCAUUUACCAGGGUUCAGAGGCGGACAGUGUCUUCAGCGGCUUCCUCAUCUUCCCGUCCUCCUGAACCAGGGAAGGACCCCGCUCCCAAGCGUGGCCUCCUCUGCUCCCUGCCGUGUGUGUGACAUGGCCCCGCUCACUCCACCUCUCUGUGUCUAUGCUCUGCUCUGUCAAGUGAGGAUGCUGUUGUUUUAGCCGAAGAGAGAUCAUUUCUUAGAACCCUUCCUGGAAUAAAUACCUGAGUCUGUC